AUGUCCGGAGGGGUAGGAUUUGGCCUCGUGAUUUUGCAGAAACACUUAGGUGCUAUUAGAAUCUAUCCGUCCAAGUGUGGGCAUGAUUUUCAAGGUGAUUAUACUGGACAAGAACAUGAACUGAACCCAAAUCUCUUUGAGAGAGUUCAACAAAGGGGCUAUAGGAAAUUAAAAGGAGCCUCUAUGCCUAUUCUGAUCAUCAGACAUAUCUCUGAGCAGAUCAAAGAUCAAUCUUCCUGGAAUAAAUACUGCAUUUUAAAUAAGAACUGUCAGUUGGGAAAUAGUAUUGAAAAUAAAAUAAACAAUUACAUUUUACAGGAGCACAAAAGAAAAGAUAAAAUUAACUACUCUUUUUUUCUUUUCUUUCUCCACAGAACCAUCCGAGUAUGGCUGAAAAGAGACAGUGGCCAGUAUUGGCCCAGCAUUUACCACACGAUGGCCUCUCCUUGCUCCGCCAUGGCUUACCACCACGACAGCAGGCGUGUGUUUGUGGGCCAGGAUGAUGGAGCCGUAAUGGAAUUUCAUGUUUCUGAAGAUUUUAAUAAAAUGAACUUUAUCAAGACCUACCCAGCGCAUCAGAACCGGGUGUCUGCGAUUAUCUUUAGCUUGGCCACAGAGUGGAUGGUCAGCACCGGCCAUGACAAGUGUGUCAGCUGGAUGUGCACCCGGAACGGGGACCUGCUCGGGAGGCACUUCUUCACGUCCUGGGCUUCGUGUUUACAAUACGAUUUUGAUACCCAGUAUGCUUUCGUUGGUGACUAUUCUGGACAGAUCACACUGCUAAAGCUUGAACAGAACACCUGUUCAGUCAUCACAACCCUCAAAGGACAUGAAGGUAGCAUCGCCUGCCUCUGGUGGGACCCUAUCCAACGGCUGCUCUUUUCAGGAGCCUCUGACAACAGCAUCAUCAUGUGGGACAUCGGCGGAAGGAAAGGCCGCACACUCUUGCUCCAGGGCCAUCAUGACCGGGUGCAGUCACUGUGUUACCUUCAACUCACGAGGCAGCUCGUCUCCUGUUCGUCGGACGGUGGGAUUGCGGUGUGGAACAUGGACGUUAGCAGAGAGGAGGCUCCUCAGUGGUUAGAAAGUGACUCGUGUCAGAAAUGUGAGCAGCCCUUUUUCUGGAAUAUAAAGCAGAUGUGGGACACGAAGACACUGGGGUUGCGACAGCAUCACUGCAGGAAAUGCGGGCAGGCCGUCUGUGGGAAGUGCAGCAGCAAGCGCUCAAGUUACCCCAUCAUGGGCUUCGAGUUCCAGGUCCGGAUGUGUGAUUCCUGUUACGACUCCAUCAAAGAGGAAGAUCGAACUUCUCUAGCAACCUUUCAUGAAGGAAAACAUAACAUUUCCCACAUGUCCAUGGACGUUGCUAGGGGACUGAUGGUGACCUGUGGGACCGAUCGAGUUGUAAAGAUCUGGGACAUGACGCCUGUGGUGGGCUGCAGUCUGGCCACCGGGUUCUCUCCACACUGAUCCGGGCGCUGGUGAGGUCUGCACCUUCCCAGCGGCAGCCCGCAGCCAACGCAGCCCUUCCCUGUGGCGCCACAGCCCCCGUCACGGGGACCGGCAGGAGCCACUUAAACACGGAGCAGCAUUUUUCAAAAGGAAAAAGCGGAAAGGUGUGUUCCGGGCAUUUGUGGAACCACCUGUGGGAGUGACUAAUAUGGAGAAGGUCCCUUUGUAGUGGUUCCGGGAGGAACGGAAUUCCUUCAGCGAAACUUCCUCGUGGACAGCGAGUGAACGUGUCCUCCAAGAUUGUCCUCUUGGGAGUUUUAGAGAAGAAAUGUUGACUUAAUGCCUAGAACUUUGUUAAAGCGGUUGCAGAUCACACACACUUCCCCCGAGACCCGCCGGCUCUCCACGUGCUCCCUG